AAAAUCUUAUUUUUAUGUAGUCCAAAAGAAGAGAAAAAAGAUGUCAACAUCAUCGACUAGUACAGAUACACUCCCAGAUAAGCUCCCAUCUGAUAUGAUGAAGCACGUAGAGGGGUUCUGCAUAGCCACUCUGGCACGACGGCCUCAAAAUAUUCCUGCAUUUGCAGUGAUGUAUUUCACAGAACUUAUAAAGUUUGAAGCAGAAAAUCCACACCUUAUUGAGAAUGAAGUCAUCAAUGAGUUCUGUCUAAGGACAGUGAAACACCUGCCAACAUCCUUAUCGGAGAUUACGUUGGAGGCAUCACAAACAUCAACAAAUAAAGUGUCUGUUACAUCUCUGAGAUACAGCUCUGCACCUCCCUCUGAAGAACACUUGAUUUGUUCUUAUAGUGGCACAACAACUAAUAGGUCUGGGUCUGACAUGAUGCCAGACAGAAGGUCUGGUUCUUCAUCAGUGUCCAAUGUACUUACACCAGUUUCCCAGUGCCCUGCUGUAAAUUCUUUACAUGUCAUAAGACCACCUCUGCCUCCUUCUAAGGAAAGUUCAAAAGAAGCAAUACAGGAUUCUUCUUUGUCUCUAAAAAGGGAACAGUCUGCAUUAAUAAUGAAGGAAACCAUGGCUGAACCAGAAACAGAGCCAUUAAUAAAGUAUUAUUAUCGACGACCACCAUCAGGCACUUCGGUUGUCCCACUUGAACCUGACACUUUGGCUGGUCCUUACUGUGGCACGGCAGCUCCAGUGUCCAGUUCUGACAGAAUUUCAAAACCAAGUUUUAGUUCAGAUAACAUCUGUACACCAGUGCCCAGUGUGACUACCUCAUAUGACCAGCUGCCUUCUUUUAAUUAUCAACAAACUGCAGAGUCAUCUUCCUCCAAGGAAAGUUCAAAAGAAACAGUACUGUAUUUUCCAUUGUCUCAGAAAACUGAAUGUCCUGCAUUAACACUGAAAUCAACUUUUGCAGAACCAGAAGCAGAACUAAUACAGACUGACUCACAAGAGCUGUCAAGUACUUUUGAAGUACCUCUUACUUCUCUUUCUAUGACAGCAGGACCUCCUACAACUUUAGAUAAAUCAUCAGACCAAGUACCACAGCCAGAUGAGGUUGCCUCAAAUCUGUCUAAAUGUAAAAUGUUGCCAGUAGAAGAACCUGCAAACUUAGGUUGUUCCUUUCCUGUAAUACCUGUUACCUCAAACAAAGAGCCUACACACCAAAGUUCUGAACCAGAAUGUUCUUUUGCUCCUACUGAUGAUGGUCUUUCUGUUCCGAUUGAAUAUGAAGCAGAAAAACAAGAUGAACACAAUGUUUCUUCUGAAGAAUCUAUGUCUUCUGAUGAAGCAACAGUUGUUCACCUUCACAUUAAAUUUACACCUGCAGACUGUGGUGCUCCUGCCCCACCUUUGCCAGGUGAAUACAGUGCUAAUGACAAGUCCUUGGAAACACAGAGAUUUCUUCCAGGUCAUCAAGAGACAAUGUCUAUGGAGAUACAUUCCAAAUUAGUAUUGAGGUCUCCAAAGAAACAACUCCAGUCUCAGGGCGAAAUAGCCAAAGAUGCUGUCUGUUACCAAGAAGUGGUUUCUGAAUCUCAGGAGUCAGCAGUUGCUGGUACGUUGCUAUCAGACCAAGUCCCUGCAGCUCAGAAAGAAAGACCAUCUGAGCAAAAAGCUGCACAGCGUGCCAAAAAUUCAAGGAAACAUAAACAGAAACAAGAAAACUCACUGCCAGUGAAAGAUUCUGAAAACACUGAGUGUUAUUCCUCUAGUAAUGCUUACCAUCAGAUAAAUCUGAUCACACAGAGGACAUCUGAGGAGAUUUCUCCAGAUUGUAGAUUACUUGCAAUCAGUACUUGCCCACAACCUAGUGUGACAGCAGAAAGGGUACCUCAGGAGAGUUCCCCAGAUCUUAAACUACCUCCAAUCAUUGCAUACCCACAGCCUAAUGUGACAGCAGCGAAUACAUCUAGGGAGAUUUCUCCAGAUCUCAAACUACCUCCUAUUAUUGCAUAUUCACAGAAUGAUGUAACAGUAAAGGAGACAUCUGAGAAAAUGUAUUCACAUUUACAACAAUCUCCAAACAGUGUAUACCAAGAUCUGCCUACUCACAAGUGCCAAGAGCAGAGCAGGUUUUCUGCUUGUGCUUCUUCAUACUGUCAUAUAGAUAACGUAGGCAGGGAAUCCAGUCCUUCAUACAUUCAUACAGCUAUUCCAGUGCAACAGAUACCAGCAUACCACAAUUAUUCUGCUGUCUGUCAUGAAGAAACUACUCUGAAAACACCGUGUGCUCCCAGACCUCCUUCUAGUCUGCCAAGAAAACAUGGCAGACGAGUGCAUAACCAUCAUCAUGCAGACCGUGCAGUUAGAACAGCCAGUCCUUCAUACAUUCCUGCAGCUCCUCCAGUGCAACAAGUACCAUCAAAUCACAACUAUACUGUUGUUUCUUCUGAAGGACCUUGUAUGAAAACACAAUAUGCUCCCCAACCACCUUCUGGUCCUCCAAGAAAACAUGGCAGACAAGUGCAUGACGUUCAUCACAUAAAGGAUGUAGCCAGAAGAGUUAGUUCUUCAUACAUUCCUGCAGCUCCUCCAGUGCAACAAGUACCAUCAAUCCACAGCUAUACUGUUGUUUCUUCUGAAGAACCGAGGGUGAAAACACCGUAUGCUGUCAGACCUCCUAAUAAUCCUCCAAGAAAACACAGCCGAUGCCUGCAUAAGUACUGUUACUCAGAGGAUGCAGCCAGAACAACCAGUCCUUUAUGUACUACAGCUAUUCCAGUGCAACAAAUAAACACACAGGUCUGGACACCUACAACUGUGUAUGUCCCUGUGGUUGAUGUCAGUACAAACUGUAUACCCUUCUCAGAUCUUUGUGACUGCGCAAGUACUAAAAUGCAGGCAUCAUUUACUGGGUUAAGUGGGAAGUCAUACUGUAGGGACUGUGAACAGGGUUCUUCAAAUGAUGGUUAUGUUGCAGAAUCUAAAACUAAUUAG